UUGUGUAUAUCCUAAGGAUGCGUGUUAUUGUUGUUUACGGUAACUAGCUAGGAAUACGCCAACUGCAUCGCAUUUUUUUUUGCUAAUGCUAUUUGUGUAUUCAAAAUAUACUAAAUAUUUUGUCAAUGUUUGUUAACAAACUCGAAAAUAAUAGGUAUAUAAACUAAAGUUUAGAGAUAAAUGUAGGAAACCGUUUCGUUUGUGAAAUACUCACACUCAAAUGAGUUUUUACAUUUAAGUAGUGUUAUUAGAUCUAUCAUAGCAUGUCUGCGUUCUGUAUUUCAUACAGUUAAAGAAAUAUCUAGUUAAGUUCUACUAGUGCAACGCAUUUUUGAGUUGAAGUCUCACACCCUCGAUGAAGGUCAUUGGGAUAGGAGGUCCUGUCAUUAUCUCAGUUGAAUGCCCUGGGCGGUGAAUUACGACUGAAAGCGUCGUUAGUAGGUUUUAUGCGCGCGGUUGCCCACCGUCGAGAGUAGCAGCAGCAGCAGCAGCAGCUGCCAUCUUGCCCCCUCCCUCCACCUUCUUUUCGUUCGGCACAAACGACUAGGUAGGCUCGAGCUAUUGCGGGUUUGGGGCUUGAAUCCGGUGCCGCUCAUAACAAGGUGUAGCUGAGCAGUCUAGCCUUUCUUAUGCUUUAGUUGGUCCUAGUUGUUCCCUGCUGUUGAGAACGGUGUGGCUACGUUCGAUGGUGUUUGUGCAUAGGAUUAUCCAAUCUGGAGUGCGAGAUAACAUCCCCAUUCAGAAAAAUUGACCAACACAAAAUAUAUGUCGGUUUCAACCCCGUGGAUUGCACAGAUACCCCGCUACGUGAUCGUGCGACCAGCACAGAGGAGCGUACUUACUAUAUAGAUCUGGAGACGCAGCCUAUUGCAAUAUGGUCCGAUUAACACAGUUUUUCUGCGCUAAAACGAAGUCGCGCGGAAGCCAAGAUACGGAUUUUGUGUUCGAUUACACAUCAGCGUUCGACUUUAAAUCGGCGCACACGUUUAACACCGACAAAAAACAUAAGACGGUAUUCAAGUAUCACGACCGCGAUUAUAUCGUCGACAUAACAGAAUGUGAGCAGGAGCCGUGGCAGAGCGCUGUUUUCCGCGCGAUUGUCACUGUCCUUUGCUACGUCGUACUGGUCGCUACGUUUCCGCUAACGGGAUGGCUUUGCGUUAAGCGAGUGACAUCUUUGGAGCGCAUGGCGAUAUUCCGUUUGGGAAAACUCAUGCCAGUCCAGGGACCUGGAAUCGUCAUCGUGUUUCCCGGCGUAGAUAAUCAUCGUAAAAUAGAUUUGCGACCACGAACGAUCGAGAUUGAGCCCCGACAGAUACUAUUGGGCGAUGGGGCCGUGGUUGAGCUAUCGUGCUCUUUGGCCUGUCAGGUGGUCAACUCGGUCCAGUACGUGACGCGUGUCCGCGAAGUUGACGCUACUAUUCGGCUGCUUUGUCAACAUUGUCUUUCGUCGGUUGUGUGUAUCGCCGAACAAGAAGACCUUGAGAGACGCAAAGAAAGCCUGGAAUCUUCUUUACUCACAAAGCUGAAUGACAGUAUCAUCCCGUGGGGUCUCGAGGUGAUCAGGGUGACCAUCCAACUGGAUCAGGUGAUUCGUGAAGCCGAACCCGUUAAUGCUAUUAGUCCGUUAGUAAAAGUGUUAAAGAGCGCGCUUGGCCUAGCAGGAGAUGACUAUGAGGACAAACCCUCAAAACUGCUUGGCAAAAUCAUUGAUGGAAAAUCACCAAAAGCUGGCGCAUUGCAUAUUGUUCCUGCAGUUCCCAACGACGGCCAGUUUACUCAACUAACGAUGGUGCUUCAACAGCUGGCUAUACACGCCGCUAAACAUGAGGCUCUCAUUGAGACCACCGCGUCCUACAAAUUCUUGCUGCAUGGCGCACCCGGAAGCGACGUUAAAGAGGUCUACCCCAUCUGCUUGAUAUUUGACAAAGGUAACGUCGAUGUGAAAUCUGGUUCUACGGAAGUGGACGCCAUAAAGCCAGAUGUUACUCUGGAAAUGACCUCCGACGACCUAACUCUCAUCGUACUUGGCAAGAUGUCACCACUAAAGGGAUACAUGGGCGGAAAGAUUAGCGUUAAAGGUGACUGGAAUUUACUAAAAAAGUUCAUUCAGGUUGUACAGGGAAAGUAGAUUUAAAGACGUGUGUGUUACAGUGACAUAAUAAUAUAGAAGGCAGUUAUCUUUGUGGUGAACCCUAAAUUAUUCGCACAGAAACAAAUUGUAUACAAGCUUAAUUUAUAAAACAUAGGAGAUGUGUAUGCUGUAACUAAGCGUCAACGUGUGAUCGCAAACGUGCUAAUAUUUCGAAUAUUUUACGUCGCACCAGUUUGUUAUCUAUGUACGUUACCGUCUUAGCUGGUGACUCCAUGUACUCAACCAAGUUACAAUCUAAAGUUUUUUGUACUACUAUCUGUCUCAUCGAACUAUUGGUAUUUCUCAUUAUUAAAAAACUUACUCGUACAAAAGAUGCAUUAUCAAUAUGAAAAUAAAGAAAGCAGCCAGUUUAUAGAAACGUUCGUUAAACGUGGUAGUUCUUACAGCAAAAAUUUAUCUUGGGCUAAAGCUCACGGGAAUUAGCAAGUGCGUUAAUGGCAUUGGCUUUUCUAUAAAGGACAUAAGAACACACUUGAUCAACAAGCGAAUCGAUGCUGAUAGUUCAAUAGGUAUACAGAACCUGAAAAUAGAGCCAUAUCUAUGUAUUGGGCCACUUUGACGAUCCUUUAGUUCGUCCAGUGUUAUUAUUACGGCUUCUACGAUCAUCUACGCCUUCGCGUGGGUCAUCUUCAUUAUCUAUGCCCAUUUUCCCACAUGCUUAGCUCAUUGCGCACAUCGCAUUGCGUCUCCGAGUGUUGACUAUGUCGCUGACCGAUUGUUUUAGCCUUGGGGCUUACGUAUACAGUAUAUAAAAGUGACGAAAAGUGUUUCGAACCGAAGAUUCGAAAGCCGGAAGCAGUAUUCCAGCAAAGUAUUCUUCCCCAUAAGAUAUUGAAAUCGAACACAUUUUUUUAGUGAGCACGGUAGCAUGGCUAACGAGAAAAUUCGUGUCGUUUCAAUCGCGGGAUUUGUUUGAAACUUGAACGAUGCAAGGCGUUUCAUCACCGAGGCAUUACUGAGCACUUAAGAAGGCCCAGGAAGGUCAAAUAGUACCAGAGCGUGCAAAAUUAAGAGAACAUCGCUCGUUGGGCCAAGAUACUAUGAGUCGAAUGCUAAAGUAUGGAAUUUGAUGAAGUUAACAAUACGUGAUGUGUGAAUAUAAAUUACGUUGUUUUAUUUUUAGAUAGAUAUGAACCUGUUUUACGCGCUGAGCACCCUUAUACGCUUCUGUGUGAGCAAUAUUACGAUCUCAAUACCUCUGACCGAAGAUCUGACAAAGACUGAAUAAGCAAACAGAGACUAAGCUUGUGAAAAAACCAGAAAAGUCCAGGGAUUUAAUCUUGCGACACGGUAAUUUUCUCCAGCAUCAUUAUUUACUCAGUCGAGAGACAAUUACGGAAUCCCUAAGCCGCACAAACCACAAGGAGAGAACUGAAAUUUUUAAAUACGAUUUAGAAAAUUACUUCACAUUCAGUCACUGUCAUAGAAAAAAUAUUUUCCAAUUUAUGCGGACAGAUAGACACAACAUGUUUACAGAACAGUAAUCAUCGUAUAAUACCUAUAUGCUGUACAAAAAUAUUACGGACGCAAAAACGCAAAUGGUUAUUCAUUCUGUUCUUCACUCGAGAGAAUCGUCUUAGGGCAAUCUGUAAUUAAGGGUAAUGAUACUGGAAUUAAAGUUUUACGUUGCUAUAUUAUUCAGCCAGCCAUUUCGAGGCGAGAAAGGAAAAACAAUAAUGCUAGCUAAGUAAAUCUAUAAACUCAUUAUACAACGCAUGCGUCUGAACACAGUGCGACAACACAUCAAAAAGAAGAACUACGAUAAUGAAGACUGUAAAUGAGACUUGAUAAUUGGAAUAAGAAUAAUUGAACAGCUAGAACAUGGAUAAGAUAUCUAUAGUACAAUAGAAGCCAUCAUUCUUUCGAAAAAUUACGCUGACGAUGACGCAAAAAUGCCGCGGAUCUUCAUGUUAUGACCGCUAUUAGCGGCGUCCGUCUGUGAUGCAUUUUAUAGGACUCGCAGUUAAUAAAUGAUUACAUGGCUUGCGUUUUCUUAUCAUGACA